AUGACGCAGGCUCUUGUGAAUAGUAAUGCCGUGAAAUCGGCUCAGUUGUUGGCCCCUAGAUCAUUCUGGUCAAGGCCUUACACCCUGCCAUUUACGUUUAUUUAUCCAAUUUACUUGAAUUGCUACCUUUUUCAUUAUGACACGUAUUUCGGUGGGAAAGAAUGGACAUUCAUAAUUACGCUUGGCUUAGUUUCCUUGCAUGCUUUAGUCUGGUUGCUUCCACGUUGGAACCUCAAUAUUCGUGCUCGCUUCAAUUAUAGAAUAUGCUCUUCCUUGUAUAAGGCGACACACAUUAUGGUUAUAGCUAAGCCAAAUUUCGGUCUAAGUGAGGUUUGUCAAAUCCAGAAAACAACGGAACAAAUUUCAUUUAAGUAUCAGAAAAGGGAAUUCAUUUGGAAUAAGGAGAAAGGCUGCUUCUCUCCACCCAUCUUCUUUGUGGACAAUGCAAAGCUUACGAUUGGUGAACUAAAGCGCAAAGUGGGUCUUAAGUCUUCCGACUUAGAGUUCUCGAGGAAGAAGUAUGGAAAGAAUAUUUUUGAUAUUCCUGUUCCUACCUUCAUGGAACUUUUUAUUGAGCACGCGCUAGCACCGUUUUUUGUCUUUCAAGUUUUCUCUAUUGCUCUAUGGAUGAUGGAUGAGAUGUGGUAUCUCUCGCUAUUUUCUUUAUUCAUGUUGUUCUCAUUUGAGGCCACUACGGUUUAUCAAAGGAAAUCGACCAUGACGGAAUUUCAAAGUAUGGGUAUUAAACCUUACAAAAUCUAUGCCUAUAGGGAUCGUAAAUGGAAAAAAAUUUCAACAGAUGAUUUAAUGCCUGAGGAUAUUGUUUCCAUCGUUCGUACACCUCAAGAAGAUCUCUCCAUACCAUGUGAUUUAAUUCUCCUUGCAGGUUCGUGUAUUGUUAAUGAAGCUAUGCUUUCCGGUGAAUCUACACCACUCUUGAAGGAAUCAAUUCGGAACAGAGAAUCAGAAGCAACAUUCAUGCCCACCAGUUUGGAUAAAAACUCUCUACUUCAUGGUGGUACGUCGUGUUUGCAGGUGACACCACCGGAGAAAGCAUCAACAUCUUUGCCAUUGCCACCUGAUGGGGGUGCUAUUGCUCUCGUCACCAAAACUGGUUUUGAAACUAUCCAAGGUUCACUUGUCAGGGUGAUGAUCUUUUCGUCCGAACGAAUGACCGUGGCCAACAGAGAAUCACUAUUCUUCAUUUUGUUUUUACUUGUUUUUGCUGUUAUUGCUUCAAGAUAUGUUUGGAUUGAAGGUACCAGAAUGGGUCGUGUCCAAUCUAAGCUUAUUCUUGACUGUAUAAUUGUCAUAACGUCUGUUGUUCCACCAGAGUUGCCGAUGGAGCUCACUAUGGCUGUCAAUCAAUCUUUGGCUUCCUUGGCCAAGCAUUACAUAUACUGUACUGAGCCUUUCAGGAUACCUCUCGCCGGAAGAAUUGAUGUGUGUUGUUUUGAUAAAACAGGUACUUUAACUGCAGAGGAUUUAGUGUUUGAGGGUUUGGCUGGUUUAGGUGAUGAUUUCAGUAAUGAAGAAGCAUCAAAAUUGGUUAAAUGUUCUUCUGAUGAAGUUCCGGAGACUACUCUUGAUGUUAUGGGUUCAACGCACGCACUUGUUAGAUUAGAUAAUGGAGAUGUAGUUGGUGACCCGAUGGAAAAAGAAACUUUAAAAGCAUCCGAAUGGAUGUUAUCGAAACAUUCUAAAGGCGUUAUUGAAGGUCAUCAUAAAAAGAUUUAUGUUUUGAAGCAUUUCCAAUUCUCUUCUUCUUUGAAGAGGUCAUCUGUUAUUUCGAAAAUUGGCACUAGAAUUAUGAUUGGGUGUAAAGGUGCUCCAGAAACAAUUGCUGAAAGAUUGUCUCAUAUUCCAACUGGUUACGAGAAGGUUUACAAGUCUUUUACCAGAUCUGGUUCUCGUGUUUUAGCCCUUUCGUACAAAUUCUUAGAUAAUGAGCGUGGAAUUGAUCAGAUUGAUAGAGCGAAGGUAGAAUCAGGUCUUACGUUUGCUGGAUUUAUGGUUUUCCAUUGUCCAAUGAAAACAGAUGCCAUUGAAACUAUUAACAUGUUAAAUCAGUCUAGUCAUAGAAGUGUUAUGAUUACCGGUGAUAAUCCAUUAACUGCUUGUCAUGUUGCUAGGGAAGUUGGUAUUGCAGCAAAACCUAUUAUUAUUCUCGAUAAACCCGAGUUCACUAACGUUGAAGUGGAUAGUAGUAUUGAUCUUGAAUGGCGGGAUGUUGAAGAAACUAAUAUUAAACCUGCUUCAUCCAGUUCUCCUCUUGAUAUUAGUAUGUUCGGAAAAUAUGAUAUUUGUGUUACUGGUUACGCAAUUCAAAAAUUACAAAAUCAUCGGCAGUUUAAACAUCUUAUCAGGCACGCUUUCAUUUAUUCGCGUGUCUCUCCUUCACAAAAGGAAUUAAUUGUGAAUGGUUACAAAUCUAUGUCGUAUAAUGUGUUAAUGUGUGGUGAUGGUACUAACGAUGUCGGUGCUCUAAAGCAGGCUCAUGUUGGUAUUGCUUUGCUUAAUGGAACUGAAUCAUCCUUGAAGAAACUGCAGGAGAAAAAGCAAACUGAUGCGAUGGUAAAGAUUUAUGACAAACAACGUGGAAUUAUGGCAAGAUGGGGAAGGCCUCCACCAAAGGUUCCUGUUCAAAUUGCCCAUCUAUAUCCUCCAGGACCUCUUAAUCCGUAUUAUAUUUCUGCCCUCCAGAAACAUGGAGUUGCUGUUACUGAUGCCAUUGUCAAGAAGGUGGAAGUUGCAAAUAGGCAGCCAAUAUCGGUGGAAGCAUCGGAUUUCACAGGUCCUAAUUCAGGUUCUGAUUUUGCUGAACAAUUAAUUUCUGGAAUGCAAAUGCCUGACGAACAAGAAGCACCAGCUCUUAAAUUGGGUGAUGCUUCUGUAGCCGCCCCAUUUACAUCAAAACUAUCGAAUGUAAAUUCUGUGGUUCAUGUCAUCAGGCAAGGACGUGUUGCAUUAGUUUCCACCAUUCAGAUGUACAAAAUUUUGGCAUUAAACUGUCUUAUCUCUGCGUAUUCCUUGUCUGUUUUAUAUUUAGCUGGUAUUAAGUUUGGAGAUUUUCAGGCUACUGUUUCCGGAUUGUUGUUGAGUGUUUGCUUCCUUUCUAUUUCAAAGGGUAAACCACUAGAGAAGUUGUCAAGAGAAAGACCUCAGCCAGGUAUUUUUAAUACUUAUAUCAUGGGUUCUAUUCUUGGUCAAUUUGCCAUUCAUUUGAUUGCUUUGGUUUAUUUGAAUAAAGAAAUAUACAUCCUAGAGCCAAGGGAACCACAGAUUGAUUUGGACAAGACUUUUGAGCCUUCUCUUCUUAAUACAGCUAUGUUUUUGCUUCAACUUUCGCAACAGGUUGCCACUUUUGCAGCAAAUUAUAUUGGAAGACCUUUCAGGGAUGGUCUCACUGAAAAUAAGGGCAUGUAUUAUGGUAUGUUGGGUGUCAUUUUUAUGUGCAUUUCUGGUGCAACUGAGUUUAUUCCUGAGUUCAAUUCCGCAAUGCAAUUUGUUCCUAUGACAUUUGUGUUUAAGGUGAAAUUAAAUCUUGUUAUGUUCCUUGAUUUUGCGCUUUCUUGGCUUAUUGAGAUUGUGUUUAAGCACUUCUUUAUGGAUUACAAAGCAUCCGAUAUUGCCGUUAGAGAUGUUGAUGAGGUCACUGCAGAUAGUAAAACGGAGACGGCUUUACUGAAGGAUCAAGAAUGA